UUUUCUCACUCGAUAAUUAACUAGUAANCAUCACCAUCAUCAUCCUAAUUCAACCACCAUCAUGCCACCUUCUUCUUCUCAUCAUUGGAUAUGGCCUCCAACACCAUCUCCAUCUCCAUCUCCAUCUCCAUCCGCCACCUUCACCAAGUCAACGCUGCCGCCACCGUCACCUUCUAAGUCUCCGGUGGACUUCAGCCCUCCCCUCAUAGCAAUGGUUGUUGUCAUCGCCGCCGCCUUCCUCCUCGUUACAUACUCCCGUCUCAUAGCCCGCCACCUCACUCCUCCACUCCACCGCCUCAUAAGACGCUUCCGCCGUCGCCGCCGCACUCAUUCCUUCCUCCCUUCCUCCUCCGGCGACCUAGACUCCCUCCCUUACUACUACGACUCCCCCUUCGACCCUCAUAUCCCACCUUCCUCCUUCUCCCCUUACGGCCUCGACGACUCCGUCAUCAAAACCAUCCCUUUCUCCCUUUACGCCGCCCUAUACGCCGGCGAACUCAACAGCACCUCCUCUCGCCGUUCAUCUUCACGCCGCGACUGCGCCGUUUGCCUCUUCGAAUUCGAAGACGAUGAUUACGUUCGAACCUUGCCUCUUUGCUCACACACCUUCCAUGUUGAUUGCAUCGAUGCUUGGCUUCGUUCCCACGCAAACUGCCCUCUCUGCCGCGCCGGGGUUCUCUCCGCCGCCUCGCCGUUUACUCCCAUGUUCGCCGCUAGGAUUCGACCAAGUCUCGACGACGAUGCCAUCUUCCACCGGAUAGCGGCGGAGCACACUCCGCCUCCUCCGGAGGACUAUCGUCAUGCUACGGCGACGGUUUCGGCGGCGCCGGAGAUUACCGUGGAAGUUCCGGAGGAGGGGUUCAACGGGAGGGACUUUCUAUUGAAACGUUCUUAUUCGUUUGGGUUCGAAAGGAGCUUGGCGUCGGAGAGGAUGUUGGUAAUGGAGCCGGCGACGGCGUCCCCGUGGCGGUACCGGAGAGGAGGGAGCAGCAGCAGUUUCUGGAGCAAGAGACCUUCGCCGUUUGGAUCUAUUGGGAAGCCGAGGGUGUUCUCUUUCAGAUACUACAGAGGGAUGAAGUCACCAUUUUUCCGGCGAAGAGGGUUUUUUCCGUUGUCGGAGUCAAGCAUGAGGUACGCCGGUGGCGGGAGCUCGUCGCGGCGGAGUAAGUCCAUCGCUAGCCCCAUGUUCUUAAGGUCUUCCGUAUUGACCUCGGCAGCUGGCGCGGCGGGGUUUUCGUCGAGCCGGCUGAGAUGCGGCGAUCCCGAGGCACUGCUUUCGCCGGAGAGGUUCAACAGAAGAUGAAAGAGAAAAAGAAAAAAAAGGUGAAAUUUGGAACUGGGUAGGAGAAAAGAUUAAUUUUUUGGUGGAAUUGAGUGCAAAGGGGACACGUGGAAGAUGGUGAUUGAAGGAUGGUUCAUUGGAAGAACCGCCGGAGAGAAGUGAGGGGUUUGAAGUUUGAAGCUUGACGCGGUGGUGGUGGAUGGCGGUGCAGUGGGUCAGGUCAAUGGUGGAAUUAAAUGGCUGGGGUGGUCGCAUGCGUUUAAUUUAAUGAGAUUGGUCUGGCAAUUUGUAGAGCCUCAUUAAUGGCACCCCUUUGCUACAGCAUUUAUUUUAGAGAGAGAGAAAGAGAGAGAAAGAGAGAGGUAUUAUGUUAAGUAUUGUCUCUGUGACUCUCUCUGCUCAUCAGAGAGGUGAGAGUUUUAAAUGAGGAAGGUCAUAAAUGAGAAGAGAUGGUUGUGUUUGGUUCAUUGGAGAAUGAAGAGUGAGAGAGGAGGGUGGGUUUUGGAAUUUUGCAUAGCGGCAAUAAUAAUAAUAAUAAUAAUAAUAAUAAUAAUAUAGGACUAUAUAAAUAUUUUUUGUUAUGGCACCGACUUAUGAGAUCCGAAUGCAUGUGGAAAAUUAUAGAGUAUAGAGACUAUAUAGCUAGGGUUAGUUUUGUAUAGUGGGGAGUUAUGAGUUAUUACUUACUAUGAGUCAUGGCCAGAGACGGAAGGCAUUAAUUGUAUAUGGCAUUGGGUAUGCUGACAAGCAACAUUGCUUUGAUUCGUUUAAUGUGUGUGUGACACUGUCAAUGUGAACCCUUUCAUCAUCACAUAAUUAAUGCCAUUUAUAUGCUUUUCAACU